GGGACGAUUCCUAGCUCCUAUGAAGCAAGAUCCCAGAUCUUGACUCUCGAAUGCUUCGCUUUGAAAGACGCGUCACACAUGUAGACAACCUCAGGCGCGACAAGACAACAUCAAUGGAUGUAUGCUAUCCCUUGCUUGUUUCGCAUGUUGUCUGAUUGGCAGCAAGCACAUGUAAAGUGCUCAGAACAUCAAUCGAUUGAUCAAGGUCCGUUCAGGAUGAGCCAAGAAGAAAAGACACUGCCGCCUUCGUUCUCCUCGUUCCAAGCUGCAUUGUCUUUCCGAUCCUUCAAGGUAUCGACAUCGCCAUCCGCCGAGGACAGGCUUGGUCAUGAGCCUGGAGCUUCCAAACGUUCUCGCAAGGCAGAUGAAAGGCGUGAGAAAUCACCUGCAGAUCACCGCCACCGAAAUGAUCGCAAGAAGCGCAAGGUCGAAUCUACUCGCAAAGACGCCAGCGGUUCAGCUUCGCAUCAAAGCAGAUCGACGGAAACCAAGUCAGAUAAGGGAGGCCUCACAAGAUCAAGAGAUCACGCUUCAGAAGACGGCAGGCAUCGAAAGAGUUCACACAAAUUGCCUGAUCAGGGCAAGACAGAGACCAGCAAACGAUCACAACUUGUAGAAAGCCAUCACGAUCAGGGAUUCGCUCGCGCACCUUCUGACUCGGUAGCGGGUGUGUUCAUCAAAGACACUGUGGGCGAUCUCGCUCGCGCCAAAUACGGUCCAACCAAGCAUUCCAUCUCGCGUUUCAGAAGGUCAUGCGGUGGGAGAGUUCUGGGCCUCGAUCAAGGCCUUCGAAUCGCUCCGCAACUUUCAGAUCACCGUGGGGUCGUUAUCGUGCCGAGAGGGCGAGCUCCUCUGCGGUACAUUGAUUCCUCACAUGCAUGGAAAGCUCACAGGCGACCUCGGAAGCGACUGCGGCUUGCGACUGGGCCUGAAGCUGAUCGAACCAACUUUGACCACCUCUCAGACUUUGUGGCAGUCUCCUACGGUCGCCCCCGGCGCGAUUCUGGCAGUGGACAGACGCUUUCUCCGCCUCGCUUCUUAGAUAACCUGGGCGACGAAGUGACCAGCGAAUCCGAGUCAGAUUCUUUACUCUCAGAUGUUGGUGCCGACCCAGGGGAGGAGUUACGGCGCAAAGUGGCUCAUGCCAAUGCUGCCGUCUCGAGCGAGCCUACAAAUCUGCAAGCGUGGCUCAAGUUGGUCGAAUUACAGCGAGACCUUGCGACUUCACCUGCGAUGGAGGAGGAAAGAGGCUCCGACCAAGUCAAACGCACAUCGCGAAAGAGCAAAAUGGGUGGCAAGACUCUUUCAUUGGGUGUAGUGGAAGCUCAAAUUAGCGUACUUGACAAAGCCUUGGCCUCGGUAUCAGACAUCGAUGACCAGCUCAGACUGCAACUCGAACGCAUCUCAAUUGCUACUGUGGCAGGUAUAUGGGACGUAAAGGCUGCCGAGGAGCAGUGGGAAAGACUCCUUCCGAUCGGCGCAGAACACGGAGCGCCUGCGAGCUACGCCGGUCUCCGAUGGCGCAGUAAGGUCCAGGGCUGGCACCAUUACACGAGCUGGAAAAGCAGACAAGCAUCCAAAUGGACCUUCACGAAAGUCCUAAACGCAUACGGCCAGGCUUUGGGAGCUCUGAACGAAGAAGUAUUUGCGCUCGAUCCGGAUUCAAGUGGCCAACUAGAGCAGGCGAUGGUAGAUAUGCAGUUGGAGCUCGCGGCUGUCAUGCGCAGCGCAGGCUAUGUUGAAAGAGGCUUUGCGGUACUACAAGCUCAGUCGCAGCUCUGCGCGACGUAUCUCCAGGACUCGCGGUCCACGUCCUUGUUGACUUUCAACGAUGCGCUGGACAAAGCGGAACAGCAAUGGGAUGAAGAAGGUCCUCGCUUUGGUGAACCGUUGGCUCUGUGCCACGCUGACGCUCCAAAGCAGGGGAAUCACGAUCCACUCGAUCAAUGGCUCGCCUCGGAGCACGCAAGAGCAAGAGCUCACCGAUACCCGACUCGUACGACCGAUGCUCCUCUUUGGGAUAUCGGAGAAGCCGAGGUUGAUCCUUUUUCCAGCAUCUUCUUUUCAGACGUCUCACCUUUCUUGUGCAAUUUGCGAACUUCUCAGGCGAGAAAUCGUCUGGUAGAUGCCUUUCUGCAAUACCUCGGCCUCCCAUCAGGCAGCUUCUCUGCAUCGCCAUCUAUAUGCUCGACAGCUGUCCUUUCCACCUGGGCGCUACUCGAUCGGGAGACACAGAAGAAUCACUUCUGGCCGUCGGCGUUGGUCAGCAAUCAGACCGAUCGCCUCUCUCACCUCUCUAUCGAGCUUGAGCCGAGGCGACAUCCCAGUCGCUUGGAGAAUCCGUUCUCGAAUCCACACCUGACACUACCAGCCGAUGAACUUACCGAUCUGCCGCAUCGCAAUGCUCAAGCUCUUCAUUUCUCCCAGCUCGGCCAGGCCGUCAUUGGGUCGGCAGAUGUGCAGCAAUGUCGCCAGGUGAUCAAAGCAGCACAAACGGCAUGGGCAACACCAGUCUCACGUCUAAGCAUACUUGACUUCUACUUGGACCUAGCCUCUUCGACCACUUCGAUCAAUAAGGUGGGUAAGCGAGCACUCAGUACGAAGGGCAGCCAAGAUGCAGACCUUUGGCUCGCCUACGCGAAUGCGGAGAAAGUCUAUGGGAGCUUGGAGACAGCUCGCAAAACGCUGCGCAUGACACUUUCGUCUCUGGAGUCUUCAGCCAUUGAAUCAGCAAAGCUUUGGUACAGCCUUGCUGAGCUCGAGCAUCGCCCGGAUCCACAUGUGGCAGUAAAGCUGCUCUGUCGCGCGGCCAACUUGCGCUUCGGCCGGCCUUCGCUGGACGCCCUAUACAGUCUCCAGAAUAUGCCAGACCCGAGCCCCAUCGAAGCCCGAAAGGCGCGCAACUACUACAAACAUCGCUUCCAGGAGUCAAGUGAGGAUGUCCAUCUGCGAAUGAUCGCACUCGCUACCGGGUUCCUCCUUGAAUGGCUCGUUACAGGCUCGGAAUAUCGUGCUGGUGUUCUCGAAGAAUACCUUGAUUUGCUUCAAGGUAUCGAGACUGCUGCAGCUGACAUGUGCAGGUUGCGAAUUUGGGCAAUUGUGUGGCGCAGUCUCCAGGAUCAGUCAGAUCGAUCGCUUAAACCGGCACAAGCACGCUCAUUGCUCAUCAAGACAGCCCAAGAAAGUUCAAGUACAGCAUUCCUUGCACUGCUUGCUGCUCACGAGAUGUCCCGAAGGUUCGAAGGGCAACUCCGCUUGACGCUUGAGCGAGACAUCCUUCCUAGGGUCGUACAGGCAAGCGAUGAUCCCGCGCAAGAGCAACGGAAGGAAGCAGUUUUCGUUUUUGCCACUUUUGCAGAGGCAAACUUGUAUCCGUCUCAUUGGAACCAGCACGCUGUGCGACGUCAACUCGAAGUGGCUACCGCGCAUCUUCCCCACUCAUUGCUGCUCUGGCACCUCUACCUCGAUUUCGAGAUAUUUGUCCUUGAAAGGGUAGAGUCACUCUCCUCUCCAGCCUCUCUCAAAGAGUGCAGAAAUAGGGCGAAGGACGUGUUCUUUCGUGCUCUCCGUGCUUGUCCAGGUGACAAAAAUAUUUACCUUGCUGCAUUCGCGCACCCGCUGAAGCACGCUCUAACUGGAUCCGAACUCAAAACAUUGGCCCACACGAUGGAGGAGCGCGAGCUUCGGCUUUUCGUCCCCAUCGAUGACUCGUGGUGCGAAGACGAACGGUCUCAAGGGGAGCCUAUUGACGAGGACGACGCUUCGGACGAUGCCAUGGAAGAGCGAAAGAGGCUUCUGCCUUUUUGACGAUACGUGCAAAAGUCAAUUCUGGUAGCGGGAUGCAACAGCCGAGCUGC